AUUUCCCCCUAGAGUUGCAGCUAAACUAUAAAAUUAUUUUAAAUUCCAAAUGGUUCAUGGCCCAGCAUAAGCUCCGUACAUUUUCCACUGAUCUAUAAAAGACAGGUAUUUCGAUUCAGAGGUUUAGUCCCCCAGCAAGAUGAAACUCCUCAUAGUUUUCGUUCUAGCCAUAACACUGGUGCACGCCGAAGCCAAUUGCAGGACUUCGGUUAUAGCUCUCAACGAUCCUCAUUGUGGCGAACUUCCAACUUGUUACUUUAAUGGCAAGAACAAGCAAGCCGUAGAAAAUGAGUCCUGCCGACGUGGUGAAAAUGGACAGACAGGCUUCUUCUUCAUAAAGAAGGGAAAAUGCCCUACUGACAAGCCAGCUUGCAGUCAUAUUUUAUGAAAGUGGUCUGACCUAUUAAAAUGUGUAUUUCUGUAAAUAAAAUUUGCCUGCUGUUGGAUCAAUUGGUUAAGCAACGAUACAAUCUUAAUAAAAGCAGGGAGAGAAAGCUACA